AUGGCUGGUGCCUUUUCAGAAUGGCGUAAGCUACCUCUGAGCUUGAAUGAACUGUGCAUCAAUACAACGCUGCGAUGUGGUCAGUCUUUUAGAUGGCAAAAUAUCCCUGAAAGUGAAGAAUGGCGAUGUGUGCUUUAUGGGCAUCUUUUGUCUCUUAAACAAGAUUCCAGCUACCUCUAUUAUCGAUCCUAUCAAUCAUCACCUUCUGUGCUCCUUCCAACUCCUCCAACCUCAGAAGUGCCUUCACGCGCAGAAUCUAAUACCGAGUUCGAUUUGAGCAAGGGCAAGGCGCACAUCCAAAGCCUUUCAGAUGAUCGCCUCCUACAAAUCAUAAAACACUAUCUUGCUCUAUCAACCAAUCUCACUGGUCUUUAUACCCAAUGGUCUGCACAAGACCCCAAUUUCAAGAAGAAGGCUUCUCAGUUCACUGGGAUCCGGAUACUGCGCCAAGAUGCCUGGGAGGCGUUGGUUUCAUUCAUCUGCAGCAGCAACAAUAAUAUUUCUCGGAUAUCCCAGAUGGUAGAAAAAUUGUGCAUCAAUUAUGGCCCAUUUGUUGGGAAAAUUGGAGAGCGCUCAUACCAUGAUUUUCCUACUCCGGAGGCCUUGGCUGGUAAGGAUGUGGAAAGCAACCUUCGCAGCUUGGGAUUUGGAUACCGAGCCCGGUAUAUCUAUCGGACAGCCGUCAUGAUUUCAGAGGAGCGGAAGAAUGGAUGGCUUGAUGGUCUUUCCAAUCCCGAGUCCCCGGCAUUUGGUGUAGAACCCAGAAUCGGUGAUGAAAUGAAACCAGAAGGGCGACAAGGAUAUCGUGAAGCGCAUGAGAGUCUGCUUGAACUGCAGGGAGUCGGACCCAAGGUAGCAGAUUGUGUCUGUCUGAUGGGUCUCGGCUGGGGUGAGUCUGUGCCAGUUGAUACUCAUGUAUGGCAAAUCGCGCAAAGAGAUUACCGUUUUGGCAAAGGCUCUCAUAAAUCCUUGACAAAGGCAACUUACGAUGCUGUUGGCAAUCACUUCCGCAAGCUUUGGGGCCAGGAAGCAGGCUGGGCUCACAGUGUCCUCUUUACAGCAGACCUGCGAUCCUUUGCUGAUCGGCUUGCGGCAACAAAAAAAGUUGAUGUAUCUGUGAAAGAAGAAGACUCGGGCCUUCAAAUCAAGACUGAGGUCACAACGGCGGCGGUAUUGACCAAAUCCCAGGAUGUCAAGAUCAAAGUCGAAGAUGACAAGGCUGCCCUUGAGACAAAGAAAUCCAGGGGGAAGAAACGGAAAGAGUCCCCCGAUGGCAUUAUGCAUGCCUCGCAAACGACAGAGACAAGGAGAGCGUCCAAACGACUACGUCGUUGA